AUGCGGUCAGCCGAGACGCAAACCGAACUGCUAGAGUGCAGCUCUAGUGGGGAUGAUGGGGGUGCCAGCAGCGAAGACGCCAGAAGUGCUAUUGACGACGAACUGGGAGUGAUCUCAACGCGACGUCCUCCGAGCGAGGAAGCGGCAGGUGCUACACACAAAGAUGCCGACGACAACGCCGGGAAUGAUGACGACGACGACGACGACGAUGACGACAUUCUCGGAGAGCAUGCCAAGCUGAAGACCAUCAAACGGUUGAACUGUACCAACCUGUUCAACUUCAACAAGCUGGAACUGUUGAACGAACGGUGCUCGGUGGUUGGCACAGGGGGCCAACAGCAGCAAAUCAGCGACAGCAGUCGGAAUCUGUGCGAGCAUGAGAUGCACGUGGCUAUUGACGAAGACCUGGAACAGGCCACGGCAGCAGGAGAGGGAAAACGGACUAAGGAAGAGUCGUUGACUGGCGGCAGUGCGAUCGUCUUCAUCCAGGAAAGUCCGGAAGUGAUAUUAUAGCAGUGGCAUUUCUCUUUUUAUUUAAGAGUCGUUAUUUAUUUUUAGAACUACGUAUUUAGAAAGAGAAAUAUUAUUGUUAGUGAGACUUAUUUUCUUUCUUCCUGUGUGAUUGCUUGAGGCGAGCGAGGAGUGUGCCAACGAGCGAACGAGUCUUUACUCCUAAAUUGUACAGAGGUGAUCUAUUUUUGUACCAAAAAGUCAACCAAUCAGCAAACAAAGAUGCAAAGAUUUAGAUUUUUCCUAGAAAAUCUACCUAUUUAGAGAAGGACAAUUAUGAAUUGACCCACACAAUGCUAGAGCGAAAGAGAAGAAAAAAUAACAAAUGCGCUUCAAAGUCACAAACCGGAAAUAACGGUGUUGGUUCCGCCGGGGGCCCAUCCCCGAGACUGGGGUUUCUCCAAACAACAAUCAUCCACUUUGAAAUCCACUAGUUUACCCCAAAAACACUCAUACGCAAUUACCAAUCCACUCCAUACUUUACCUUUUGUGUAGGUAAACGUCGACAACAUCACGAGAAUAUUUUGAGGGGUCAAAUUCUAUUUAGGUUAUAGCUAAGUAAAGUAACGCUAAAGAACGAACUAUUCUAAUUUCAUAAAAAAAGACUUAAUGCCUGAGAAACACUAACAAAAAAAAGAACGAAGCCUUUAAAUCUACGCUUUCUGAUAAUUAACGAAGUAAAAGAGAUAAUGUCUAUAUUGUUUCUUUACUUAGGAAAAAAGGUGAAAACUAAUGCAUUAUAUUCAAUUGUGAGAAUUACGCUAUGUUCAAGUCUAGUCUUAGAGAGAUUGAGAACGGAUAACGGAUAAAGCUGAAACAAAGUGAAAGUUUAGUUUGUGCUAAGUGAGAAGGCAAAUUUUGCUGUGAAUAUUUUGUUAUAAUAAACAUUAUUAUGAUUACAAGCGUAGUGUAGACAAAUUUAUGCGCGUUAGGGCGCAUCCGUUUGAAUAAUUUGCGAAUUUAGUUAGUUCUAUGGGUAAUUCGGUAACUAAAGCCCAAUGGUAAGAGGAAUCGAGAAUUUUGAUCAAUAGUGUGUGUGGGACUAGGAAAAGUAUGUUGCUUUUGGUAUUAGAAGAACAUGUACAGGGGAUUGGGUAUUGAAAUGCAAAUCUACAAAUGCACGGAGUAGCUUCCAAAGAAUUUCAGAAAGAAUUCUUGCAUUUCGAUAUUGUAAAUGGUCAGCACACAUGCUCGAGGCAUGCCAUGCUCUGCUCCUCAUAGCAGAUUAAUCAAAGGCAAAAUAUUUUUUCGUGAGACGACACACACAGCAGCGAGGGCAAACUUUGGCACAGAAGAACGUUAAGAAUUUAUGAAUAAAUUUCUAUCCUGCAACAAAUCCCUUCAAUAAUUCGCUAAAAAUACAAAGUGCUCCAUAAUUAGGCUUCCUUUACGUUAACUUGUUGCUCCCCGAAACAAACAAAUCACACCGUACUCCAAACAACAAACUGUCGAACAGUGCGUAACAGAUUGACCAUUUUCGCAGCGUUCUUUCUACAAAGAAAACAAUCUUCCGGAAACCAGUCGCCAACAAAGCACCUUGGUAUGCGUACUAUUACGCAUGCAAACAUGCAGUUUCCUUAAUAUAUUCUAAUAAAUGAUCAAUGCACUUACUAUAUACACACAUAAAUUAAAAAAAUGCAAACAAAACAAGUUAAAGCAAAUCACGCAACUGUAAUAGAGGAAACCAACCGAUAUCAACCACACAUGUAGCCCAUGUUUAACCGAAAGAAACAUUCUUAUAGCAGAACAAGUGGAUCAUGCGCAAGAAGACGACACAUGUACGAACUAAAUAGGCCUAUAUACUCUAGCAAUAGCGAUUGGAAACAGUGUUGAACAAUUCUCACGUGGUAUAUUUUGAAGUACACGCACGAAGCGUUGAAAAGACAGACUUGCGGAGUUGUGCGAAGCAAAGUGCCAUUUUCUUAUUUUACCGUUUCUUUACCUUGUGGUAUAAUAGUAGAUGUGUUAUUGCUAUUCAGUAAAAAAAACAGUUUUAGUCUUUUCAACCGACCGGUACCGAUGAUGUUAACUAUUUUUCUAGCGUUGUUCCGUUCUUUCCAACAGUUUACCGUCGUCGAUGGGAUCAAUUACUACUAACUACUACUGCACACCGUAAGCAACCAAAAGUAUAAAUUACAAUCAAAAAAAGACUUUCUCUGUUCCAGUGAGUUUGAAAGAGUCAAUUUUAGUUUCUAAUUUGCGCGGUUCCGAACGAAUCCGGAUUCGCGAGUCUUAGCAUGUAUAGUUGAGGGAAAGUAAGUGAAGUCGGCGAGUAAACUCUGAUGGCUACAACGGCUGUCUUUAGUUUGAAAAGGAAUAUAUUUAUAUUUUAGAGAAGAAUUUAAAACAUUUCAGUGAUAAAGGCUAGGCGAUUGGACGCCGGCAACACUCUUGAAUCUAGACAAAUUGUGUAUCCCCUGAGUGAAUGGGUGAAAGCCGAAAAUAAAGAAAAUUAGCAACCACAUAA